CCCACCUGCUCAACACUCAAACCUCGAGUCAGUGUAGACCACCCGGGUUAAAUAUCGGCCCAUCCACGCUCCUUUACGCUGUCAAAAACCCCUGAUUUACGGAUGGUUUCCACAAACACUUCCAUCGGUCUACCGAGCAUCAAUUCGGCAUCAAUCGAGAGAUUCAAUCCAUCACAAUUGUCUCACGGCCAUGGAAUGCAAACUGUAAGCCCUAUAAAUGCUGAGAGAAGCUCAUCAACAGCUGGCUAUAUAGCCUAUAAUCACUUAGUCUGCACAGUCAUCUCUGAUGCGCCUGUCUGCCACCCAUACAAUACUAGCAUACAGAUGUCGUUGGUCCCUGCUUCCCCGCGUUUUGCAUAUGCAAGAUAUUGGGGUCGGCAUCGACGUGCAUGGUCGCUAGGGCAUCAGCAGUGUCUUUCAUGCCCUUCUUCAAUUCUCUUACAACCUAGUAUGACCUUUCUGCUCUUUAUGUGCUGUUACCCGUUUCCCCUCCGCAUCACAAUAACAUUGUGCUUCAAAGCUUUGCGGUGUUGGCAGAAGUUCCACUACCGGUGCUAGAGACCUUCUGGCCCAGAAACAGGUUACUAUCCUACGACCGACAAGAAUCCACGAUUCACUCAAAUUGCACUCUAGAGUAACAGUGCCUAUCAGGGGCUAAUAUUAGGUGUAGCUCACUGCCGAUGAUGGAAGGAGCCUCAUCCUAGGACAUACUUC